AUGAAUGACCGACGCAGAGUUAAUGGCCCACCAGGGGGCACUCGCCCAGCGGUAUUCGCAUCAAAUCAUGAAUCAAGCAGCGCGACUCAUCGAGCCCGCCGUGAGCGUCAACCAAACGAGCUCCGGAAAAUCUUCCUGAAGACGGGUCUCAUCCCCUCAGCCUCUGGCUCUUCAUAUCUCGAAUUCCAACCCUCCGCCUCUCUUGCUGCCGCACGCUCUGACCCCAAAUCUUUGAUCCCGCCUUCCUCAGCUUUGAAGCUCGCCUGCACAGUCCAUGGCCCCAAGCCACUGCCUAGAUCUGUGCCUUUCUCCCCCAAUCUUGUCCUCACCACACAUGUCAAGUACGCGCCCUUUGCGGCCCGUAAGAGAAAGGGACAUAUCCGCGAUGCAACCGAGCGGGAUCUCGGCGUUCAUCUCGAAACAGCCCUGCGAGGCGCAAUUAUUGCCGAGCGCUGGCCCAAAUCUGGUCUUGAUAUUACCAUUACCAUCCUAGAGGCUGAGGAUGAUCGCUGGUGGGCCGAUGCCCCGGAUUCGCACGAUGCUUCGUGGGGUAUGAUGAAUGUUUUGGCGGGUUGUAUUACUGCUGCAUCGGCGGCUGUUGCUGAUGCCCGCAUUGAUUGCUUGGACCUUGUUGCUGGUGGUGUUGCUGCGCUGGUUUCAGAUGAUUCUAGCGAGUCUUCUGUUGUUUCUCCCAAGUUGAUGCUGGAUACGGAUCCAGCUGAACAUCAUUCUAUCUUGUCCGCUUGUGUUGUGGCUUACAUGCCGGGUCGGGAUGAGAUUACUGAGCUUUGGCUCAAGGGAGAUAGCUCCAAGGCUGCACUGGGUAAAGGAGAUGAGCGGACUGCGCAUGAGGCUUUAAUAGAUGGUGCUGUUGACGCAGCGAGAGGGGCACACUCUGUUCUUGGUGAUGCUCUUCGCGAAUCUGCCAUGCAGGCAAUGCAAUCUCAAUAA